AUGCCAGAGACUGAUAGUCACUCUUUCUCGAUCAUUUCCGAGCCGGGUAUCGAAACGAUAUACACCCCAACGGACCAAGACACGGAUGAAUAUGAGCUUGUGUUUGACGAUGCUCGUUCUGAAUGCUUGCAACAAGACGAUGAUUCAAGCUGUUGCACUUCAUUAGCAGCCAGCAUAUUCGACUAUGAGCACUCUCAUGGCCGACGCUAUCACGCCUAUUUGGCUGGCAGAUAUCCGCUCCCCAAUGACGAGGGCGAGCAGUGUCGCGAGCUAGCUGAGCAUUUCCUGAUGCAGCAACUUCUGGAUGGCAAACUCUUUCUAUCCGAAGUUGACAAAGACGCGAAGAAGAUAAUCGAUCUCGGGACAGGAAACGGGGCAUGGGUGAUGGACGUGGCAGAUGAGUAUGACCAGACCAGCGUGAUAGGAACCGAUCUAUCACCCAUCCAACCUAAAUCAAUGCCUCCGAAUGCAUCCAUGUUUGUUGAAGACUGCGAGGACCCCUACUGGGCCAGCGGCAAGGACUUUGACAUGGUUCAUCUCAGGGGAAUGGUCGGAUUUCUUCUUGACUUGGACGCAAUGGUUGCUAAUGCCCACGAACAUCUGAAGGAGGGCGGAUGGAUCGAGUUUCAAGAUUUUGACUACACAGUUCGCUGCGAUGAUGGCACCAUGCAGAAAGACGAUCCAUUGCGAGUUUUCUUCGACACAUGCGCUCAGGGGAUACGGAAAUACGGGUGUACCAACUUUGGCAAGAAAGACGUUCGGAAAAGUCUCAUAGCCGCUGGCUUCACUCGAGUUCAGGCGGUGAGUGAGAAGGUGCCUAUCUCAUGCUGGCCACAGGAUGAAGGAAUGAAGGACUUGGGGAAGUUGAUGGAAGCCAACAUCAUGGAUCUGAUCGGUUCGAUGGCUGUCAAGCCGUUGAUAGCCCUAGGGAUACCAGAAGAAGAGCGAAAAGAGAUGGCCUCUCAGGCUUAUAAGAGCCUCAGGGAGGAUAAAGGUCAUCGAUACAUGAAUUGUCGUAUCGUUUAUGGCCAGAAGUAUGGGGACCAAAGCUCCGUAGCGAGUCUUGGUUUUGAUUCGUGA